AUGGAAUCAACCUAUGACAACGACAUCAAACAGAAAGCAAUGAGCAGCCUCAAAACCGAUGAUGACGCAUUCCUAAUGGUCAAUCUCAUCAAGCUUGGUGGUCUCCAAAAGCACUUUGAAGCGAGUUUGCCAAAUUCUGCGAAAGAUGCGGAGAGUCUCACCGACAGAGAGCUCAGUGAGCUUAGGAGAAUAUGCAGGGCUGAGUCUUUGAAGAGAAAGCGCCUAGAAGAAGACAGCACAGAUUCCUCACUAUCCCAGGCCGGAGAGGACGACCCUUCCGGCCGCAGUUCCCUAUCAAUCCUCAACAAGAUCUCAAGAAUCUCUAUCAAUUGA